AUGAAAGGUGCUGUUUGUAUUUUAAUAUUCUCUAUUGUGAACUACUGCCAUGGAUACAACAUAUUAGUGAUGAUGCCUUACCCAUUGUAUAGUCACACCAAAUCUUACUUGCCACUAUUUAUCGAAUUAGCUAAAAGAGGACAUAAUGUAACAAUGGUCAGCCAGUAUAAAUUAAAUGAACCUGUUCCGAAUUUUAAUGAAAUCAUCGUUGAUGACAUUAUGAAAGAUAUGCAUGAGAACAAGUUUGACAUCAGAAUCAUGGAAGGAUUUUUAUUUAGACUGUUCGGUCUCAGGCUUGUUUGUAAAUUAUUGCUCGAUGAUGCAUUUAAAUCUGAAGGCUUGAAAGCAUUUUUGAAUGAUACGAAUUCGAAAUUUGAUAUGGUCAUUACUGAAACUUUUUUUUGUCAGGAACCAUUUGUAGCUCUAGGGCACAAGUACGGGGCUAUUCAGGUUUCUGUCCAAACAAUUACCUUAUUCAUGGCCUUAUCACGCGUUACUGGAAACCCGCACAAUCCAGCUUACGUCCCUUCAAUCGUUUGCCCAUCAUCGCAUCAGAUGAAUUUUUGGGAAAGAUCGAAAAGUGCGUUAGCAAAUCUACUGGAUUAUCUUAUUUCCCAUAUAACAUGGUUGUAUUUGGACUACUAUAUGAGUAGCCGUUUAGCACCAUACCCUGGAUUUGAAAAUUUACCGCCUAUGGUAGAUAUGUUUAAGAAUUUUUCUCUUGUUCUACUUGACAAUCAUAUGGCAAUAACUUACCCUCGCCCGUAUCUUCCAAAUGUGGUCGAGAUUGGAGGACUGACCGUCAAAGGAGGGGAUAAACUCGAUGAAGAAUGGGAACAAUAUUUGAAUGAAUCCGUUGAUGGAGUAAUAUAUUUCAGCUGGGGAUCCCAUUACAAAACAGAAAAUAUGAGGCCUCACGAACUCACUGCUUUCAUGUCAGCAUUCGGAAAGCUAAAACAAAGAGUACUGAUGAAAGUAGAUGAAGAUACCAUGCCGGGAAAACCUGAUAAUGUAAGGCUGGCCAAGUGGGUACCACAAGCUAGUAUACUAGGUCAUCCCAAUGUUCGUGCUUUUGUCAGCCAUGGUGGACUUCAUGGAGUUUUGGAAGGGACCUAUCAUGGUGUUCCUAUCAUAGGAACUCCUCUCUUCGCUGAUCAAACGAGCAAUAUAAAAUUUUGCGAAGAGGCUGGUUAUUGCAUAUAUAUCGAUCUCAGUACUGUUACUGAAGCAGUCCUCUUGGAUGCUAUAAACAAAAUACUGACAAAUUCAUCUUAUAAAGAAAACGCUCUUAGAAGAAGUAAGAUCAUGAAAGACAGACCCCUGAGCGUCAUGGAUAACGCAGUCUACUGGGUGGAGUACGUUCUUCGGCACAGAGGAGCUCCUCACCUGAGAUCUGCGGCUGUAGAACUGUCUUGGUACCAAUAUCUGCUCCUAGAUGUGAUUGUAGUUUGGGGGGCAGUCUUUGUUGUGGUUGUAUUAUUGUUAAGGAAAAGUAUCAAAUGUAUAUGUAAAGCGAGGAAAUCAAAAAGUAAAAAAGACUGA